AGUUGUCACAUGUCAAAACAAACGUAUUUCUGUUCCUACCUAAAGUUUGGUCCUCUGUGCUGCUUGUUUAGCUUUGCACUGACCUUAUGCAACACAAUAUAUUGGUUACAGCUGUAUUAGAUAACUUCAGACACGUUCAUUACGAGCAAAGCGCCCUUAUCUGUUGCCGUUUUCAACAGUAGCGUUGCUAACAUCGCGGAUGUUUACUGGAGUGACACUGGCCUUCAGGAUCAAUGGCGUCCUGUGUGACAGAGUGGAUAACAUCAUGUACCAACAUCGCUUUGUCUGCCACUGCGCUGUAUUGUUCUUAUAAACUCUUUAAGAACCACAGAGCUCCUUCAGUAGGCUUUUUCCUGCUUGGACUCUCAGCAGCAUUUUGCCUCUUGCAUCCUUCUAGCUCAUAUGUAAUAUCUCUCCAGAGAGAAGCGGAGUGGGCCGGUGAGGUUCUGGCUCCGGCGCUGGUUUCCUUCGACUUCCUGUGGCUCAGUCAAGACCACAACACGGCACAUAUUCUCCUGUGUGGCUCCUGCCUGCUGCUGGGACUGUGGGACUGGCUCUCAGCAGAUGCUCUUACAGUGAUGAACCGCUGCCUGGGCCUGUCCUCCCUGUCCUGCUGCCUCACGGUUUGCCUAUUUGCUGGUAAUGCUUUGGGGGCCCUGGGCGGAGUGGCCCUCAGCCUUCCUUUACUUGUGACUCCACAAGUUGGAACGAACACUUUUGCUCCGCUCAUUUCUCCAGCUGCUUCUGAGGGAUUGAUGAAGUGGUUUUUGAAAGGGUCCUUGUCGCUAGGCUGUUGGGCCUCAACAGAAGCCCUCGCAAAGUUUCUCUUGGAUGUGACUGAUCGAUGUGACAUAGGCCUUUAGUAAAUCAGUAGAGGUCUGGGUGUUUAGUCAGAAUCUGUGUAUCUGUGCUACUAAGACAAAUUUGACAGACACAGAAAUUGUGUCUAAAUUAAUGUGCCUAACUAAUAAGCAUUUUAGGACAUUUGUGAGGAAGAUUUAACCUAAGUUUCCAGUUGAGCUGAAGCAGUUCACUGGUCAGAGAAUUAAAUGUUAAUAAUUUUGAUAAUAGAUUAACCAAGCAAUUUUAAAUUAUAAAACACAAAUGCCAACUUUAGCUGCUCCAAGCUUCUCAGAUUUGAAUAUUUGCUGCUUCUGCCUUUGUUAUAUCACUGUAAGUUGAAUAUCUUUGGGCUUUAGAAUGUGUUGGAACAAAACAAACCAUUUGAAGAUGUUACCUUGGGCUCUGGUAAGUUGUGACAGGCCCUUUUCCUAUAUUUUGUGCUGUGUCAUAGACUAAACAACUAAGCAAAUAAUGGAGAGAUAAUUGAUAGUGAAAAUAAUCAUUGGUUGCAGCACUAGUUUUCUACAUUGGGGGUCACAGGGACUGAAUGAUAACAUGCUUUUACAUGUGGACGUUAGUGGACAGAAUACAGGCAACAAUAAUGUUAAUUAACAAAACAAAAAAAUAAUUAAUAAGAAAAAAUUAAUAUCACAAAACAGAAUAUCCUUAUAUAGUAUUAAUUUACAUCAUACUGUGCACUUAAAAGCAGAAAAUCAAUUCAGAUUAUUAGCAUGGUAAGUUACAACUCAAAGUCUCAAGUAUUUAAGAAAUAAACAUAGAAGAAAACAGUAGUUAUAAUAAAGACAGAUAAAUUGUGUAUGAAAUUACAGAGUCCCACAGUAUGACAACAAAAGACUGUUGCUUGCGUUCACCUCUGUGUUUAGAAUUUGUGUGUUUUACUGGAAUAUACUGUAGCUGCUACAUCAAGGCCUUGGUUGACCUUCAGUGGUCACUGUGUAAUGCUGCACUUUUAUUUAUAUGAACACACUCAUUUGCAUGAGAGGACAUGACCACAGUUUACACUGACAGCCCAUGGUGGCAUUGUUUAGCCUUAUUAGUCAGACUGGAAGUGCCUGGGUGACAUUUGUGAUGCCAUCCAAUUUAUUCUGUGAUCAUUUCAGUGAAUGUCCAGCAGGCUGUACUUUCUCUCAAGCUACUGGCAUCACACACACAUCUCCCUGCUUACAGUUUUAGUGUUUCCAAAAACAUCUAGUUGCCUCAGAGUCUGGGUCCUGUUUGUUCUGCAGCCUCAGCAGGAUCACUGUUAAAAUAUCUGCAGUGGUCUAAGCUCUUGGCCCCACUCUUACCUCAUCUUGCCCAUUUGAUACUUAUCAAUGCACUUUUUUUAAUCACUCCCUUGAUUUUUAGCUCCUGGAAUGUCAACGGAAACGACCUCAUCCGUUUGACUCACCACUACUAAAAUGAUGUCUGUACAAUGUUGUUUGUCCUUGCAAGGUAUUGAUAUUCUCUACAGAGAUUUGUAGUGGACGCUGCAGAUUUUCUCUCAGGAUUUCAGAGUUGUAAACAGCUGCCUCAGCAGUUUUACUGCAGUAUACGUGCAAGCAUCUGUGGCUCUGUGCCUGUCUGUGGGACGGUGCCUUUGUCAAACCUCAGGCCGCUGGUGACCAAUGAUAUUUUCAACAUCAAUCAUUUUUUGUGCACAUUUGUGAGUUUGAAGUGCCAGUAUAAUUAUGGUAAGUGUGCUUUUUGUAAUGAUUUCUCACUCAGUUCAUUUUUUUUUUUUUUUUUUUUUUUUUUUUUGCAGAGUGUGGAAGUGUUUAAAAAUGUGACACGUUGUACUUUUAUUUAUUCUUUUAUUGAAUUGCUUUUCAUCAACAAAAAUAUUCAUUUUCACUAAAGGGAUAUAAAAUUGUCUUGAAUAAAUUAUGUGCCUGUUAACCCCAUUUACUGUGUGUAACUUCACACUGCAUUUCAAAUAUCUCUUAGCUCAUCUUCAGUUGUCCAGCUAUUGUACCACUUAGUCCUUCUUCAUCCAACAUCUCAGUAUUUGCAAGUGCAUCAUGCAGCAGUUGCUCCUGAAACCUGGCUCAGGCUGUUGGUAUCAGCAUCAGCCCCCACAGCUGAGUCUUAGUCUCCACACUUUUGUCUCUUCACUCCACCACUGCAGCGGAUAAAGAAACUGCAGUGAGCAUGCUCACUGCAGAUGCAGCCUGUGGAUGGAGCAAAGUGGUGAGGAGGAGGAGAAGGAGGAGAAAGGGGAGGAGAGAGAACGGCUGAGAGGGAGCCACACAGGAGCUGCACACAGCACCGGGAUGCUGUUGCAGCUCUGAGAACAAGGUUCUGCAUGGGAAGAUUUGUCAUUGACAACACGGAUGGAGUGUGAGAGAGGAAUACAAAUGAUGGGAAUGUCAAAUUGUCAUCACCUAAGAGAAGAAAAUAUGUGAUAAGAGACUCUUGGAUGGUGUGGAGAUGUACGCCUUUUACUCCCUUUUAGUCUACAUCUUCUACACUGUCUUUAAGAAGGAGGAGGAGGAAGGCUUGGAGGGGGCGUGUGGAUCUUCCUCAGAUGAGCCAGGACCUGUUUCCAUGGAAACAGGGAGCAGGAGGAAGGAUGGCCACACCCCCAAAAUGGGAAAAAAAGCUUGUGCUCGGCUUAGUGAAUCAAGCAGUAGCAGUGACAGUGAUGAAAUAUCUGUGAGUGAUGAAGAUGAGGAAGAUGGCCCCGACAUCCCAGCAUGCACUCCUCUGGCUGCUUUUUUGUCCUUCAAACAGGAGGCUGAGAGGAGAAGGGCCUCGCAAGUUCAGCUGGAAACAACAGCAAAGUUGGCAGAGUCUCCCCUGGUGGCAGUGAUGUCCCACUUGCUGAGUUUUCUGGAGCAGUACUCCCACUUCCAGCAGCUGCAGCAGCAGGCCGACCAGUACCGCGUCCAGUUGAAGAGGCACCGCGUCCAGCACCGCCGGCAGAUGAAGGCCCUGCGAGCCUCCUACCGCCAGCGCCUCAGGGACAAGAACAGCAUCAUCAGCAGCCUGGAGGAAGCCAUCAGCCAGCAACAGACCCCCAGCCCACUGAGCGAGGGUGAGUCCAGCAGUGACGCAGGGGCACAAGCUGGGGUUCACAGGCUGGUGGAGUCUCUGUACGGCCUGCAGGGUGAGAGGAGCAAGCUGAGGGGAGAACUCCGCCUGCUCCACUCGCAGCUGGAGCAGAAGGAAAGAGACCGACACUCUCGCAUACAAGCCUUUCAGCAGCAGAUUGAUGAGCUCAAGAGUUGCAUAGAGGAGCGUGAAGAGGAGCUGUCAAGAUUGAGAACUGCCACCGGGGCCACAGACUCAGAGAAGCGAGUGCUGUGUCUGUCGGCGGAGAACGAGAGUCUGAAACAAAGCCUGAGCGUCACUCAAGGCCUCCUGCAGCAGCUGUCAGCCAUCCCCUCCCAGUCCAGCACCAUGCUCAUCAAGGAGAAUGAGAACCUCCGCAGCAGAGUGCAGCAGCUGGAGAUCUCCUUACAUCAGCGUGCCGAGCAGCUGUCGCAACUGGAGCGACAGAGCGAACAGAGCGAGUGGAGGAGAGGAGAGGAGCUGAGGAAACGAGAGGACAGGGUGAGGGAGCUGCAGCUGGAGUUAGACAAAGAGAGAGGCAAGGAGCCAGUGGUGAAGUAUGUCACCCAGACUGUGGAGGUGGAAUCACCUGCCACAUUAAAGCACCUGACCAAAGCCAGACAGAGGAAUGAGCUGCUGUCUGAAAAGCUGUCCAAUCAGAACGAGCGGUGCAAACAGCUGGAGGAACAAAUCAGGAAGUCUGAUGAAUACAGCUGUAAUCUGCAGCACAAGAUUGCAGCAUAUGAGAGAGAGAUCAGUAAGCUGAGAGAGGAACUGCUGAAAGAGAUUGGCCACUUGGAGGAGAGGAAAGAGGAGGCUGUGAAAGCUGCUGCCAACUGCUCGGCAGAGCACUUUCAGAACCUGCAAGACCAAUUCUUCACGUUGCAGAAGCGUCUUACGGCACUCCCACCAACUUUACGCUCCAUGAAGACAGACUACGCCAGUCUCAGGAGCCAAGUUCGAAACUUCUCAGAGUUUUAUGGAGCAGCUAUAAAUGAAGCAAAAAAACAGAUCUCAGCAGCUAUCAGUGAGAUGUCCGAAGCCAACAAAGACCUUCUGGAGAAAUACAGGAAAGAGGUUGCAUUGCGCAGGAAGUACCAUGAGCAGCUGGUGGAGCUUAAAGGCAACAUCCGUGUGCUGUGUCGUGUGAAGCCUGUGUUGAAGGAGGACCAGCAUGAGGAGGGCCAGUCUGUGGUGGUGACGACAGACCCCAACAAUGAGUCGUCCCUCAAUGUCCUGAACAAAGGGAAGGGUCGCAUCUUUGAACUGGACAAAGUCUUCCACCCUCAGGCCACACAGGAAGAGGUCUUUCAGGAGAUUGAACCUCUCGUGACGUCCUGCAUCGACGGCUACCAUGUCUGCAUUUUUGCCUACGGACAGACAGGCUCUGGAAAAACCUACACCAUGGAGGGCAGUAUGGAGAACCCAGGCAUCAACCAGCGAGCCCUGAAACAUCUCUUCAGUGAGAUCGAGGAGAGGAAGGACAUGUGGUCUUACACUGUCACUGUCAGUUCUGUGGAGAUCUACAACGAGGUGCUAAGAGACCUGCUGAGUAAGGACGGAGAGAAACUGGACAUUAAGAUCAACCCGGACGGAACAGGACAGCUGCAUGUGCCGGGCCUCAGGGUCAUCGAAGUUAAGAGCUUUCAGCACAUUAAGAAGAUUUUAGCCACAGCCCGAAGGAACAGGAUCACGUUUGGUACUCAGAUGAACCAGCACAGCUCUCGCUCCCAUGCUCUGCUCUGUAUCACCGUCCAGGGCACUGACCUUGCCACAGGCUCCAAAACCACUGGCAAGUUGAACCUGGUGGACCUGGCCGGCUCGGAGAGGGUAUGGAAGUCUGGCGCGGAGGGAGAGAGGCUGAAGGAGGCUCAGAAUAUUAACCGCUCUCUGCUGGCGCUGGGGGAUGUAAUCCAGGCUCUGAGGGCUCGGCAGACUCACAUCCCUUUCAGGAACUCCCGCCUUACGUACUUAUUACAAGACUCCCUGGGAAAAGGAAGCAAGACUGUCAUGGUGGUGCAGGUCUCUGCUCUUGAGAGUAACGUGGGAGAGACACUGUGCUCACUGAAGUUUGCCCAGAGGGUGUGCAAGGUGGAGCUGGGUCCUGCAGCUAGGAAGAUUGAAUCUGGUGGAGGGCAGUGUGACUGACCGCCUCGAAUCACCAGGGAGCCAUGAACGCAUCAGUCAGAUUAUCACCCCCUAAACAAAUGAGUUAUAAAGCUACAGUUUCAACAACAUCAACAGCAAUGCUGCUCAAGGGCUAAAUCUGUGGAGGUCUGUUUGGCACCCGAAUGCCAACCUUCAGCUGAGGUUAGGUAUUGAGGAUAUUGUCCUCCUUCUUGACAUUGUCUGCUUCUGACAAGUAAUAACCCUUUAUUGUUAGAUAAUCUGCAUGCAGGAGUAUUUAUCCAUCUACUCUUAGUGCCAGAACAACCUCAGACUCCCCUAAGGUGUAAGAUAUGAUGCUUCCUUGAAUACAGUAUCUCAGUUUCUUUGUAUUUAAUACCAAAAUCCAGGAUACACCAUAUCCUCAGUGAUCAUUAGUAUUUAGAGCAGCAUCAUGUCCUAACAGGUUUAGUAAGCUUCUAGUGCCACAAUAUCAGUGCUUCGGUUUUUGCAGUAUUAAUCAUAUUGCUAUAAAUGUUUGUAGUUUGUGAGCUUCUUCUCCAAUGUUGUAUAUUUUUGAAGGUUGUAGUGUGCAGGAGAAUCUGUUUUGCAGCAAAAGUACGCGCUAUUAAUCAUUUCAAUGACACUUAACGUCACAUAUCUGUGUAGUUUUUGUGAAGUUCAGAAAAGCAGUGAUAAUUUGCCUUUUGAGAAAAGAGGAAAGUCAUUGAAAGGAGCUGGUGGCCUUGUACUAGAGUGGUAAUAUAAUGAACUGUGCAAUAUCCUCCUUGUUGAGGAGACAGUUUGGGCCUAUGUGGACAGAAGAUGCACUUUAUUGUGAAAGGAGCGUUUCAGUUCAGAAAAGGUAUUUAGGUGCUUGCAAUAGAUAUCACUAGUGAAUGUCAUAUCAGAAACAGCGUAUUGUUAUCUGUUCAUCAUCAUUCCUCUAUUUAUCACCCAUUGGAUCAAAACUAACUUGAUUCCAAGUGUAGCAAGACAUUAAUGUUGCAGUAACUAGCACAGAGGUCACUUCAUGAUGAUUACAGAGUACAUUUUCAGAUAAUUUUCUGAAUAAACACAAUGUAUUUAAAGUGUCUUUUCUCUUAUUGGAUGCUCAGUGAUAAGAAACAAUGAGAUAUUUGUUGCCAGUCAUCCCACUCACUCUCUUACAUUUUGCUGGGCAAUAUGACACAAAUUAGUCUACUGUUUGUUAUACUGUGGUAGCUAAUACAUCAAAUAUUAUUU